AUGCGAGAGCACCAAAAAUUUUUUCCUACCUGUAAGUUUAUCUGUGGUGAAGAUGUUGGCAACCAGCAGAUGCUCCCCUUUCUGGAGAUCUUGGACUAUGUGGAUGGGCAGAUCCUCAGCCUUCUGCAGAGGAUGGAUGUAGAAGAGGCAGCCCUACCCAGUCAACCAGAAUACCCGGAGAUGGAAACCGAGGCGAUGCGACUAGCCACUUUCCAGAGCUGGCCACCGUACACAGAGCUGUAUCCUGAGCAACUGGCCAGAGCAGGGUUCUUCUAUACAGGUCAAGGUGACACUGUGAGGUGUUUUUACUGUGAUGGCAGCUUGAGGAACUGGGAGCUUGGAGAUGACCCCUGGAGGGAACAUGCCAAAUGGUUUCCAAGGUGUGAGUUUUUGCUGCAGUCCAGGGGCAGAGACUUUGUUAGCAGUGUUCAGGACUCUGACUUCAACGCUCCAGGAGGCUCCUGGCAACGGGCUGAACAAGAUCCCCCUGUACCCCAAGAUUCUGUGGGGAAUCGGGAAUUGUCAUCUCCUCUGGAUCAGUCUUCCAUAGUGCAGAAUGUCCUGCAGAUGGGCUUUGACCACAGCUUGGUGAUGAGCUUGGUCCAGAAUAGACACCUGCUGACUGGCACCUGCUACUUAUCUGUGUCCGAACUGGUCUUGGAUCUGCUUCAGGUAGAUGGGGAAGAGAGCAGCAGUGCGGAAGAAAGAGAGCGUACGGAGAGGGAGACAGGUUUGCAAGGACAGAGACGAGACGCACAGGCUGAGUGCUCAAAAGAAUCAGAGCCCCCACUGAGUACGGAGGAGCAGCUGCGACGGUUGCAGGAGGAGAGGAUGUGCAAAGUGUGCAUGGACAAAGAUGUGUCCAUUGUCUUCGUUCCUUGUGGCCACUUGGUGGUGUGUGCGGAAUGUGCCCCCAGCCUGAGACGAUGCCCCAUCUGCCGAGCGGUCAUCAGGGGAAGUGUGAGGACUUUCAUGUCCUGAACUAUGGGAAUCUCCGGUCUCUGACUUCCACUGAUGGCAGCCCCUUUUCCAACACAGAAGGUGCUCCAUGAGGAUAUCUCACUAGAAAUGAUGUUCCCUAGUCUAUUACUAGCAGUCUGGGUUACUGAACAACCUCCCAGAAGUGUCCUGCAGAGCUUCUUCCAUGCUUGUUAGGAACCAUCCCUUUGCUGGAAGAUGACCAUGGAAAAGUUCAGUCCUAAAUUUUUCCAUUUACAGGAUGAGUGGUAACUUCUUUUAGUUUAAAUCUGAUGAUUCUUGUCUGGAAUUGUGAUUUUAUUUUUAAGAAAUUGUUAGAUCUUGGAGCAGAUAAAGGAAAGUUUGCAGAGUAACUUAUUCAUGGGUUUGAAAAAAUGAUUUGCUAAGUCUGUAG